UUUUUUUCAGUUCAGUGACUCGUUCGACAGAACUCAUUCCGAACGCAUCAGUACAACUCUAAUCCACGCGACCAAUUUAAUUACAAUAAAAGGAGAUUAAAUUGUUAAAUACUAUGAAAAUUUGUUGGUAGACAAAAUGACUAAGCACUAGAACGACAACAAGGAGAAAGGAAGUAGCAAGAAUAUAGCAAAUACGGCGCUCAACUCGGUAACAGCCAUGGACCUAUCUCAGCCUCCGCCACAGCUAUUGACGGCGCCAUCGGCGCUGGCAACGAAUUUCACAUCGAUGCCGCCGCCGUCAAUGGGCGGCCAGCACUACAGACACUACCACCCUCACCAUGGAGCCGGCAAGCAGGGCUAUAAUCACUUUAAGCCCUUCAUGCCUGGUGGGUUCCAACGUCCCUUUGGUAUGUCCCAGGACGACUUUGAUGGCAAGCGGCUGCGCAAGAGCGUCAUGCGUAAAACGGUUGACUACAAUGCGUCCAUUAUCAAGGCGCUGGAGGCUCGACUCUGGCAGCGCGACUAUAGGGAUCGAUUGGCACUGCAGCCGGACAGCAUUUAUGUGCCACAGAUGCUUCCACCCUCCAGCUCUCUGGACAAUCCGGCAAAUGCGAUAACGACGCGUUUUGUCAAGACGGCCACAAACAAAAUGCGUUGUCCAAUCUUUACGCUUGCCUGGACGCCAGAGGGCAGACGUUUGGUAACGGGCGCCAGUUCCGGCGAGUUUACGCUUUGGAAUGGCCUUACCUUUAACUUUGAGACUAUACUGCAGGCACACGAUAUUGCGGUGCGCACGAUGGUGUGGUCGCAUAAUGACAGCUGGAUGGUAACAGGCGAUCAUGGCGGCUAUGUGAAGUAUUGGCAAUCGAACAUGAAUAACGUGAAGAUGUAUCAGGCGCACAAGGAGGCGAUUAGGGGAAUAAGUUUUAGUCCCACGGACAGCAAAUUUGUCAGCGGUAGCGACGAUGGAACUCUGCGCAUUUGGGACUUUAUGCGCUGCCAGGAGGAGCGCGUGCUGCGCGGUCACGGCGCGGAUGUAAAAUGCGUGCAUUGGCAUCCACAGAAGGCGAUGAUCGUCAGCGGCAGUAAGGACAACCAGCAGCCCAUUAAAAUCUGGGAUCCAAAGAGUGGCAUUGCGCUGGCCACGCUCCAUGCCCACAAAUCGACUGUCAUGGAUCUCAAAUGGAAUGACAAUGGCAAUUGGCUGGUCACAGCCUCGCGUGAUCAUCUGCUUAAACUGUUUGACAUUCGUAAUCUGCGCGAAGAGGUGCAAGUCUUUCGCGGCCACAAGAAGGAGGCCAGCUCUGUGUCUUGGCAUCCCAUACACGAGGGCCUAUUCUGCUCUGGCGGCUCGGAUGGUUCCAUACUCUUUUGGAAUGUGGGCACGGACAAGGAAAUUGGAUGUGUUGAGACGGCGCACGACAGCAUAGUGUGGACACUCGCCUGGCAUCCGCUAGGCCACAUUCUGUGCUCCGGCUCUAAUGAUCACACCAUCAAAUUCUGGACACGUAACCGACCUGGAGAUCUGAUGCGUGACAAGUACAAUUUGAAUACACUUCCUGCUAGCUUAGCUGCCCUAGAUGAGUGCGAAUAUGACGAUGCCGUGAUACCCGGUAUGGGACCCGAGGAUAAGGUGGAGUUUACUGAAAGCCUUACGGCCGAUAAGGGCUUUAUUCCGGGCUUGGAUCUGGAUGCCGGCAGCAGGUCGGCUAACGAUCGCGAUCGCGAGAAGAAAGUGCCCUACAGCAAGCCCAUACCACGCAAUUUCCAGGUGCAAUGGGCAGGACCGCGUCGAGCCGACGACCCGAGCGUGCUUAGCAUACACGACGAGCUGGCGGCGCGUGAGUCCAAAGACUCAAGCAACGGCCUAACCCACCAGCAAAUCAGCGAAAACACACUCGAGGGCAUCCUGGCCAGCGGCAUGCUCAACGGCCUUGACCCCCAGACGAUCGUUGGCGUCUUUGUCUAUGGGCGCUUCAUUCGCGUGCAUCCAGACUCGCGACUGAUGGGCGCCAUUCGGCAGGGCGCCGAGUACCUGAAUAAGUACAUUGAUGCUGGCAAGUUGGAGGAGUUGCGUGAUGUCGUACCCGUGCGGGAGCGAGAACGAGAGCGUUCCAGAUCUCUUUCGCCGACCGUGGAGACGGCACAGGCACGCAGUGAGGUAUCGCCGCCGCUCAAAAAAUCACGAUUCGAGCCGCUCCAGCACAAUGCCCAACUGGUGUGUGUGCGCGAGCUCCUGCUGCUAAAGAAGCCCUUCCUGCCGUCGCUGCUGACCGUCAAGGCGCAACAGCCAAAAACGGAAUUCAUCGACGAACCCUCAAGCUACGGCAGCGGUUCACCCAUGGACCAGGCCACGCGCGAGGAUACGAAUCGACCUAAUCCUUGGGCCUCCAAUGCACCCUGGUCAAACUAUGGGAAUGGGAAUGGUAGCGGCUCUGCCAGUCAAAAUGGCUAUAAUAACAAUGGAAGUGACAACUUCAAUGACCGGGAUCGGGAACAGUUCCAAAAGAGUAGUAACAGCAACAACAACAACAACAACAACAGUGGGCAGCAUCGUCGAAGACGGGGCAACAACAGCGGCUCUGGUGGUGGAGGGGGAGGCGGCGGUGGGCGAAAUCGGGGCCGAAACAGCAACAGACGGUUUUAGUCCACCACCCAACUUGACGCACCAACACAAAAACAACGGCAACAAACACACACACACAUUCUGUAAACACACAAAAAAGAAUCAAAUAUUUACUGGGCAUGGCAAAGUCAACUCCAUAUUAAGCUUAACACGAUUUAUAUUAAUUUAGAAAUACUAGAAAACACAAUUGAUUGUAAAUUGUAACUGCAGCUUGCUUGUAUUUUUAGCCGGGCGGCAUCGAUUAAACUAAACCGAUUAAUUGA